AUGUUGAACAUCUUCCUUACCGCUGCCUUUGCAGCUGGCCUGUCCCAGGCUUUGCCCCAGGCGACCUCCGCCCCGGCUUCAUCCAGUCAAAGUUCCAUGACGACCAUGGCGCCCGCUGCAACUGGCAACCCCUUCGCAGACAAGAACUUCUACGCCAACCCAUACUACUCCUCAGAAGUCCACACCCUGGCCAUGCCCUCCUUGCCCGCCUCUCUAAAGCCCGCAGCCACAGCCGCAGCCAACGUCGGAUCUUUUGUUUGGAUGGACACGCGCGCCAAAGUACCCACAAUGGACACCUACCUAGCCGACAUCAAGGCCAAGAACGCAGCAGGUGCAAACCUCAUGGGCACUUUUGUCGUCUACAACCUGCCAGACCGUGACUGCGCAGCCCUGGCCUCCAACGGCGAACUCAAAAUCGCUGAAGACGGCGCCAACAUCUACAAGACCGACUAUAUUGACAAAAUUGCUGCCAUUAUCCAAAAGUACCCAGACGUCAAGAUUAACCUCGCCAUUGAGCCAGACUCGCUAGCCAACAUGGUCACCAACAUGGGCGUCGCAAAGUGCUCCAACGCCGCACCCUACUACCGCAACCUAACCUCGUACGCACUCGAGAAACUCAACUUCGACAACGUUGACAUGUAUCUCGACGGCGGCCACGCCGGCUGGCUAGGCUGGGACGCCAACAUUGGCCCCGCUGCCAAACUCUACGCCGAGGUCUACAAAGCCGCUGGCAGUCCACGUGGCGUCCGUGGCCUGGUCACCAACGUCUCCAACUACAAUGCCUUCCGUGCGGCGACCUGCCCGGCCAUUACAUCCGGAAACAAGAACUGCGACGAGGAGCGCUACAUCAAUGCUUUUGCGCCACUGCUGAGCGCAGAGGGAUUUCCCGCCCAUUUCAUCGUCGACACAGGACGCUCGGGUAAGCAGCCUACGGAUCAAGCGGCGUGGGGAGAGUGGUGCAAUGUUCGUGGCGCUGGGUUCGGUAUCAGGCCGACUACGACUACGGAUAACGCGCUGGUGGAUGCGUUUGUAUGGGUUAAGCCUGGAGGCGAGUCUGACGGUACGUCCAACACCACAUCCGCCCGCUACGACGGCUUCUGCGGCAGAGACUCGGCUUUCAAACCCGCACCCGAGGCCGGAACCUGGUUCCAAGCAUACUUUGAGAUGUUGCUGCAAAACGCAAACCCCAAGCUUGCAUGA